AUGGCUCCAAAGAGUAUAACGGAGUUGGGAGUCGACGACUUUGUUGACGCUGGCUUAUCACCAGUUGAAGCCAACCAAUUGAAGAAACUUCUCCUCUCACUCUCACUCUCCUCCUCCGACGACCCCGCCCACACAUGGCGCCGCAUCGUCAGCCGUAGAAUCCUCAAACCAUCUUAUCCUCAUCCUUUGCAUCAGCUUCUCUACUAUACCACCUAUUCUCAUUAUCACUCUUCUUCUCCUCCUCUUUAUUGGUUCCCUUCUAUAGAGCAAGCAAAACGCACCAAUCUAGGUCGUUUCAUGGAAGCUCAUGGUUCAGAGCUUUUAGGAGCAUCCUCUUACAAGGAUCCUAUUACUAGUUUUCCUCUUUUUCAUAACUUCUCUGUUCAACACACUGAGGAAUACUGGUCUCUUGUUCUCAAGGAACUUUCUAUUUCCUUUGUUCAACCUCCAAAUUGCAUUUUAGAUACAUCUUCCGACCCAUUGAAACAUGGAGGAACCUGGCUACCUGGUUCUGUCCUUAAUAUUGCUGAUUGUUGUCUGCAACCUAGCUCGCAUCCUAACAAACAAGACGACAGUGUAGCCAUUGUUUGGAGGGUUGAAGGUUUUGAUGAUGACUCCGAGGUUAAUCGUAUCACUCUCAAACAACUUCGACAACAAGUCAUGUUGGUGGCGAAUGCAAUAGAUGCCAAUUUCUUGAAGGGUGAUGCAAUUGCAAUUGAUAUGCAAAUGACAGUUAAUGCUGUGAUUAUAUAUCUAGCUAUUGUUUUAGCAGGAUGUGCUGUGGUAUCAAUAGCUGAUAGCUUUGCACCAAAAGAAAUUGCAACUCGCCUCCGUGUUUCCAAUGCAAAGGGUAUUUUCACACAGGAUUUCAUAUCAGGAGGUGGCAGAAACAUCCCCCUGUACAGUCGAGUCAUUGAGGCAGCUGAAUGUAACGUUAUCGUGCUACCUGUGAUAGGUGAUGAUGUAGCAGUACAAUUAAGGGAACAAGACUUAUCGUGGAAAGAUUUUCUCUCUUCUGGAAGUCAAAACUCCAGAUCAGAUGAUUACUCUCCAGUCUAUCAGUCUAUUGAUACUGUUACUAAUAUACUAUUCUCAUCUGGAACCACAGGAGAUCCAAAAGCUAUUCCUUGGACUCAACUUGCCCCAAUACGAAGUGCUGCUGAUGGAUGGGCUGCUAUUGAUGUACAAGCUGGAGAUGUCUAUUCCUGGCCUACAAAUUUAGGAUGGGUGAUAGGACCUACUGUAUUAUAUCAUUGCUUUCUAACUGGUGCUACUCUUGCUUUGUACCAUGGAUCUCCUCAAGGCCGUGGUUUUGGGAAAUUUGUUCAGGAUGCAGGUGUUACCAUUUUGGGUACCGUUCCAAGCUUAGUGAAAUCUUGGAAGAGUACUCGAUGUAUGGAGGGCUUGGAUUGGACAAAGAUAAAGUUAUUUUGUUCCACUGGAGAAACAUCAAACGUUGAUGAUGAUCUAUGGCUUUCUUCAAAAUCUUAUUACAGUCCAAUUAUUGAACUAUGUGGAGGAACGGAGCUUGCGUCCAGCUACAUUGCGGGAAGCCCCCUGCAGCCUCAAGCUUUUGGAGCAUUCAGUACAGCAUCAAUGACAACCAGCUUUGUCAUUCUUGACGAAAAUGGAGUUCCUUAUCCAGAAAAUGUUCCUUGCGUUGGUGAAGUGGGUUUGUUCCCUCUCUCUCUUGGAGCGUCUGAUAGAUUGCUGAACGCCGACCAUGAUGAGGUUUACUUUAAGGGAAUGCCUGUGUAUAAAGGAAAGGUUCUUAGGAGACAUGGAGAUAUAAUCAAGAGAAUGGUCGGCGGCUAUAUCAUUGUACAAGGCAGGGCUGAUGACACCAUGAAUCUGGGUGGAAUAAAGACAAGUUCAGUUGAAAUUGAGCGUGUCUGUGACAGGGCUGACGAGUGCAUUUUGGAGACAGCUGCAGUCGGUGUUGCAACUGCAAAUAGGGGGCCAGAACAACUGGUUAUAUUUGUUGUUCUUAAGGAAGGAUACAAUUCAAAUGCAGAAACUCUAAAAAUGAAAUUUUCUAAAGCUAUUCAAAUCAACCUCAAUCCUUUGUUUAAGGUAAGCGUUGUUAAAAUAGUUCCCGAGUUUCCUCGAACAUCUUCCAACAAAAUCCUGAGGAGAGUAAUGAGAGAUCAAAUGAAGCACGAACUAUCAGUUCAGAGCCGACUUUAG